GUUGCAUUUUUAGAAUGGUGUCCCACUUUACUUCCGCUGAGUCGCUCCAUCAUGUACAAUAUUAAUGUUUUGUAAACCUACUAAUGGUCGACGGUCCUCUGCGCAGCACGACAAAUCCAAUGGGUCAUCGAGAACGACAUGAAGAUCUGCCUUGAUUUUCAGGUGGAGUCGAAAUGUCUUGGAACACCCGUGUCCACUACUAGCUUAUCACGCGGCCUGGGUGGUCGUCCGAGGUUCUUAACUCCUUAUACUAUAGGAAGACCGCACUACGGGUCCGACUGAUCCGUGCCGCAAGGUGUUUAACUUGUAUUUCAAGCCACUACCCUCUGUUCUGGAGUAUUUAACGUGUUGCAAACUAGCGGGGUGUCCGAAUCGUGACUAUCAGCAAGCCGGACCAUUUCAAUGGCGAUUAUAAUUGCAUGCACCCUUAUCAUUAUCUUAGCCAGCGUCUGGAUAGUGAAACAACGAUAUCAGGCCACAAGGCGGUUGCCAUUACCGCCUGGACCACCUGGACGUUGGCUAUUGGGAAAUACAAUGCCAAAGUCGUAUGUGCCGUUUCAAUUCGCGAGAUGGACAGAACAAUACGGACCUGUGUUCUCGCUCAAACAAGGCCAUAGGAUUUUCGUGAUUAUAGGACGUCAUCAGGCUGCAGUGGAUAUCAUGGAAAAAGAGGGAGGAAAUCUGGCCGACCGCCCGCGUUCUAUUGCAGUGCAAGAGACAUUGUCUGGCGGGUUGAGAAUGGUCCUUGAGGGCAGUGGUGCGAGAUUGCGCCGGCUGCGCAGGGUCUUGCAUGCAGGCUUGCAACCCAAGGUUGCGGAGACCUACGAGCCCAUCCAGACCAGGCAUGCAAAGAAUUUAGUUCUAGAUAUCUUAAAUGAUCCAAAGAACCACCAGAGUCAUGCCAUGCGUUAUGCAGCUUCUGUGGUCAUGUCCUUCACCUAUGGGAAAAUUACUCCGACUUCAUAUACAGAUCCUGAAGUCGUUGCCGUCAAUAAGGCUCUUGCGCGUUUUGGUCAGGCUUUGAAACCGGGAGCAUACCUUGUGGAUACGUAUCCAAUCCUGCGGUUCGUCCCAGGCUACCUGAGUCAGCUGAAGGCGUGGCACAAAGAAGAACAUGCUCUUUAUGAAGGGCAGUUGGACGCGGUGCGAAGACAGAUGCGUGAGGGGACUGCAAGGCCAUCCUUUGCCAGGUUCAUUUUAGAGCACCAGAAACAGUACGAGCUCGAAGACAAGGAACUGGGAUUCAUUGCAGGAGGGAUGUUUGCAGCCGGUUCUGAUACAGUAAGCUCUUGCAUUACAUCGCGUCUUCACUUGACAGCUGCUCGCGUACAAGAAGAACUCGAUAACGUCGUAGGGCGUACGCGGCUGCCGACUUUUGAUGAUCAGGAAAUGCUGCCGCAGGUUACCGCGUUCAUGCUCGAGAGUCUGAGGUGGAGACCUGUCAGUCUUGGAGGCUUUGCGCAUCGCGCGACUAAGGACAUCAUUUGGAAGAACUACCUCAUUCCGGCAGGUACGACUGUUAUUGGCAACCAUUGGGCUAUCGCAAACGAUCCUGAGGCCUUCCCAGAACCACACACGUUUAAUCCUCAGCGUUGGAUUGACGAUGCAGGUCGUGUGCGCGGUGAUCUCCGAUUUUUCACUUUUGGUUUUGGCCGCCGAGUGUGUCCUGGUCAACAUGUCGCGAAUCGGUCUGUCUUCAUUAACACGGCUCUUAUUCUCUGGGCUUUCCGCCUUUCGGAGAAUCCUACAGCAAAGAUUGAUACGCUUGCAUUCUCGGACACUACAAACAUACAUGCUGCUCCGUUUGAGAUAUGUUUGGAGAAGAGGAUCGAUGAGAAUGUGGUCAGGGAACUAUGCGCACCGGGGGAGUAAACUUCUCUAUGAACUUGAAAGUUCUGAUGCAGGGUGACGUAGCGACUGAAUUCUUGUGUCUUGUGC